CUGAAGGAGGUUUUGUUUACAUCACCUGUGAACUGAGCGCGUGAAAUUGAAAGUAAAUGAAUAAUUUGAUGCGAUACUUAGUAUGUUUCAGUGUUUGUAGUAUUGCAUAAAAUGAUGAAAGAUUGGAUCAAAUUGAAGUUAUUUACCGAUAAAUGUUAUCAUUCAGUUUAUAGUUUGUAAAUAUGUCUUCAUUGAUAUCGGCAUUAAAUUGGUAUCAUAAAAAAAUUGGAGCUUAUGAUAAAGAAUUAUGGGAGAAAUCAGUUGACCAGCGAAUCUUAAGGGGUGUUUGUGCCAUCCCUAAAAGAACUACUAGAAUUAAAACUGAACUCAUUGAUGUUGAUCUUGUCCGUGGUUCAGCAUUUGCCAAAGCAAAACCUCAGCACAGUUGGAUUGCUGCUACAGUAUCUGGUAUUAAGCGUGUUUUCCUUUUACCAUUUUUCUACUCAUGGUGGAAACUUCAGACAAAUGCUCUAGUCAGUUGUACACUUGUCAUUUUAUAUUUUUUACAAAUUCUUGCUAUGUACCUAUAUUUCUCUGCUGAUGAAAAAGACUUUGCAGAUGUUCCUGUGUCUGAAAUAUUUACACCAAUAGCUAUGACUUUUAUACUUGGCAUUGUGCAUUCUCAAAUUGUUGCUACAUUUUCUACUAAAAAGACUAGAAAGCAUGUUACGAGAGACAAAAGACGAAGACCAAAAUGCAAACGAACAAAAAAGCCAGUUCACUAUGAUCAUGAAUCUAAAUCAUCCCCAGACUCUGCUUCUGAUGAGAGGCAUGAAAAUUCUGUCAAUCACUUAAGGCAAACUGUUGGUAAAAGUGACAAAACUGGGAUUCAUCAUGAUGAUGAUCCUUGUGUUCAGUGCCAACCUUGUGAUUGUAAAAGGCUUUUCAAAAUGGGCCAGCAGCUAAGAUUUUCUUUUGAUGACAACACCAAAGCAGUCUCUUCAAAUGAUGAAAGUGGUGUUGACGAAUCAGAUUUUGUGCAGCCCCCUGAAGACUGCAAUGAAGCUGAUAAUUUUGAAGAUUCAAAAGCAUGCCUUUUACACUUGGAUAGCAUUUCACUGCCAGCUGAAAAUAAUCCUAAAUUGUUAACUGAAAAUUCAUUUAAUCUAUGUUGUCAUAAGUCUGAUAAUUCUAUUAUUGCUGGAUUUGUAAAAAAUAACUUUACUUCAGAAAAGUCUACUGAAUGUUCUGAAUCAAGUGUUACAAACAUAUCAACAUAUCUCCCAAGCAGCUCAAAUGGACUGAGUGCCACUGCAGCAUUUACUAAUUCAAGGUGUCAAGGUUCUGUUGAAAGAGAUGAUGGCAACUUCAGUUCUGAAGAAGACUUUUUUGUUGCUAGAAAAUCAUCUUAUCCCAGAGAAGAAUGGACAAAUUCUGCCAUGGAAGAGAAAAACACCUGUGAUGCUCCUAAACUUUGUUCAAAGAAUCAUUCAUCAAAACAGUUACAUUCAGUUUCCAGAAGAUAUUCAGAUGGUGGUCUGACAUAUAAAAAACCCAAAGCUUUCCAAACUGUGUUUUUAUCUUUACAAGACCAUAGACACUCUGUGGAUAAUGUGUUGAUGGAUGGUGAUAAUCUUUUGGGUGGUAAAGUUUCUGGAGCCAAUAUUUUAAAAGAUAAUGAACAAGCAUCACGGUCUUGUACUUCACCUACUAGGCUACACAAUAGGAGAAAUGGUGGCAGAGAUAAUAUGGUUCAUGCUAUGAAAUUACCAAUUAAUAUAAAAAAUUUCUCAAGCUCAUGUGAUUCCUGUACAGAAACUUCUCCCAAUACACCUUCAAAGCCACUGACAUCUGAUUUGGAAUGGCCUUUAAUAACUAACACGGAUUGCAACAGUGAUAGCACUGAUUGCUCAACCCAAUGCUCAGAAGGAAAUGCUAGUGAAUUAUCGCCUUCAGAAAAUCCUUUUGCUUGGGAAAUUCAAGAGCCUUCUAAGAAACCUUCUAAUAUUGGACACACUGGCUCAGAUAAAGGUUAUCGUCCUAGAACAGUGAGCUGUACCAUAUGGGAACACAAUGAGUGUAAGAAAGCAGAUUUAACAGCCCUGGAUAUCAGCUCUGCAAUUAUUCAGAAAGUGGAUUCAUCUCAGCAUAGUUCAGAAUAUCUCUAUAUUGGAGUUGCUUUCGCCACCAUUCUGUCACUCUUACCUCUGCUGUUUCGUUUAAGAAAUGGGAUCUCAACUUAUAUCAUACAAGAUGUCACAACAGAUAUGCUAACAUUGACUGUUCCAACUUCUGAAGAAGUUGCUAAAAUUACUGAUAAUCUUUUGGAUAUCAUGUUAGGAUCUGCAUGGAGAACAAAACUCGUUACUGUGAUUGUCUUGAUGGAGCGAUUCAUGUUAAGUCUUGCUUAUUUCUUCUUACUUUCAGUUGCAGAAAAAACAUUCAAGCAACGUUUCUUAUAUGCAAAACACUUCUGCUACCUGACAUCCUCAAGACGAGCCAAACGUUCUGAUUUGCCUCACUUCCGAUUGAAUAAAGUUCGAAAUAUAAAAAUAUGGCUGUCUAUCCGCUCAUAUAUGAAGAAACUUGGUCCCCAAAGAUCUGUCGAUGUUAUUGUUUCAAUUGCAUUCAUUUUGGAAGUCUGUGUGGUAUCUUUUCUUUGCAUUCAACUAUUGAAAGAAACAGGGCAAUUUGCAGAUAAAUUGCAUUGCUGGGAACUACUAUUUUGGACAUUAUCUCUGGGGAUUUUUCUUUUGCGCUUUAUGGUAAUUGGAUCAAAAAUUAAUAAAAAGUAUCGAAACUUGUCUGUCCUUAUUACAGAACAGAUUAAUCUGUAUCUGCACAUGGAACAAAAACCACAUAAAAAGGAAGAGUUGAUGUUAGCCAAUAAUGUUUUGAAAUUAGCUGCAGAUUUGCUUAAGGAGCUGGAAAGUCCUUUCAAAAUAUCUGGUUUAUGUGCAAAUUCAUAUCUAUAUAAUAUUACCAAAGUUGUCGUAUUGUCAGCAUUUUCUGCUGUACUAACUGAUGUUUUAGGUUUCAAACUUAAGUUGUAUAAGAUCAAGAUCAAGUAAUGAACCAAAUAUUUUUUUAUUAAUUCCUAUUACAUGCCAAAGUAUUCUGAUCUCAUUUUAUGUUUACUUAUAUGAAAGUGAAUUGAAACCUUAACAGCAAGGUAAAAAAAAUUUUAUUAUUUGUGAUCAAUGGAUUUGUGAUAUCUUUUAUUCAGUUUCUGUAAAUUUUUUUUGACAUUUUUUGAUUUUUGCUAAAAAUAUCUAUAUUAGAGUUUCUUUUUAUGAUAUUAGGUAAAUAUUGUUUAAUUUUACCAGUAAAAUCUAUUUAUGUAAACAAAUGAAUAUUAUAUUAGAAAUUGUUCUACUUAAGCAUAAUCUUCUUAUAGGAAUAUUUAUUUAUAUAUAUUUAGAUAUACAUCGACUAGUUACUAUUUUGUAUGUGUUAAAUAUAAUAAAUUUGAACUAUAUGCAUUUAUUUUUGGAUGUAAAAUUAUUUUGAUUGUGAACUAUGUAAAAAAAAUGCUUCUUAGUUUCUUUUCUUGGUGUUUUGUAUAACUUAUGCACUUUAACUAGUCAGGUAUAAACUAAGCAUCGUGUUUAUCUGGUAUUGAUCAAUAUAGGGUUGUGCAAUGCUUUUAAAAUACCUCUUGCACUGAUGCAUAUGCUCAACUAGAUUACAGUCAUAUGAAUAAAUGCACAAAUAUAAAUUUAGCAUAUCAUUUAUUGCUCAGUAAAUGUUUCCAUUUAUACUAUUUUUGCUAAUUAAUUUCUAUUGAUGUUUUAAAAGUGUAAUAGCUUUCCAUACUUUCUAUCAAAAACAUACAUUUCAAGUUAACUAAAAUUGUUUUGAGGGCAGCUGUUUUUUAGAAAUCCAUUUUUAAAAUAGCAUUUAUUAAUUUGAAUAAUUUUGUUUGACUGAUUAUUGCUGCAUUAUUUCUUAUCAUAACUACUAAGUCUAUUUGAAUUUAAUAAUGUAUUUCUAUUUAAUUAUAACUUAAAAACAGUUUAUUGAGAAAAAUGUAAGAACUUAUACUUCAAUUUAUUAUUCAAAAUAUAUUUUCUGUAAUUCAUACAUCUGAAAUUAAGCUUAUUACUUGACUCGCUUUUUAUUUUCUUGUAUUUCAACCUUUACACUGUCUUAGUUUCAACCUUUAUUGCAUGUCUUAAGUAUUUUAGAAUAAAUUUUUGAAUUGAGUAUUAUAUCCUCAGGUGUUUUUCCUCCCUUGAGUUAUGCAAGCCAUUAUCAUUUCAUUUCAUACAAACAUUACGUAAGUCAUGAUUUUAAUCAUGUGUUCUUAUGUUUAAUUUCGUAACUCCAUAUGUAAAAAAUAGAUUAAGGUGUUAAAUAUGAGGUUAUUGUGUGUGUAUCUGCAUGUGUUUUUUAAAGAUAAAUAAGGUUUAGUUAUAUCAGUUUUUUCUUCUCGGUGGUAAUAGUUUUUUGUUAGGGGCAUUGCUACUUUUCUCAAAUAAUUGUUUAAUUUUUGUGCAAUUUAUGUACUGACUCUUAUUGCUAGGACUUUUUAUAUUGCAAUGAAUUAUUAUUGGUGGCUGUUAUUUAAAAAUAUAAAAUUCAUGCAAUAGAAGAAAAAAAAUUUCAAUAAUCAAUACUGCAUUUUUGACAAAAAAAAUAUUUGGAAAAAUUUUGUUGAAAUUUUAUGGAAUGCUGUGGUUUUCAUAUAACUAGAGUACAACUUUUUGCAUGAUUUUUGUUUCUUAUAUGAUGUUUCAUCAAAAUGAAGUUAACAAAAUGUUAGACUGCACGAUUGAUGAUUAGCAAAAGAUUUUUUUUUUCAGUAUUAAAAAAAAGCCACUUGUUGAGUAUUUGCAAUUGCUUACUACUUAUCAUUUAUGUUUCAUUGUCAAUGUUAUUUAUUUAUAGUUACUAUGUAUUAAUAACAUUUUAUAAUUCAGUAAUGUAUCUUUUGUAUGUUGUGACAGAAAUACUGCAUGGUUAUGUCUUAUUUUUUGGAGUAAGGCUUAUGAUAUAAUAUUCCAAAAAAUCAUUCUAGUUUUUUUAUUAUGGGGAAUUUUAAGGUUAAAUUAUAGUUUUGGGAAUGAAUUUAGUAAUCUGAAAGAGAACUUUUUAUCAUUAGUUUACAGAAGCAAUAAAACAUUAAUUUUUAAAAAUUCCUGUUAUUAGAUUGCAUGAUUUGCAUAUGUGCAGUUUCAAAUAAAAAAAGAAAAAAGUCCUGCUUUUACAGAUAUGAUGUUCUGCCACUACAGAACAAGCAGAAUGAUUGGAAAUGGUGCCAAGAGAACUUGAAAUUAAGUGCUAAUAAGAAACAUUUUUUAAUAAAAAAUUAACCUUUAACAGUCAUCAUUAAUUAAAUCAGAUACAAGGGAAAUCUCAUAAUUUUUUUAAAGAAAAGUUGAAAUAUGAGGCUUUUAUCAGCAUAAGAAUCAUGAAAUUAGGAACAAGACAAUGUAUUUUUUUGUUUGAAAUUGUGCCUUUGCAGGCCAUUGCUCAUUUUAACUAGAUUCUUGAGUAAACCCUGAAUUCUAAAAUUUAAAUUUGGGGGAUUAGAGGCAGUGUUUAAAUUAUGAAAAAAUGUUUUUUACUUGUUUCAAAACUUUGUAUAUUUUUGUGAUCACAAUAACAAUAUAUUUUGAUAUUUUUAGAAUUUUAUUGCUCGUUUCUUUUACUUUAAUACCGUAUACAUAAUCCAUUUUGGUGGCUUUUUUUUUUUUUUUUUUUUUUUUUUGAAAUUACAAUCAAAUUAGUAUUUUUAAAAUUCCGACUGUAAAGCAUUUAUUUCAUGAAUAUAAAUAAUAUGCAGAAAAUUAUAUUGGAUAUGAAAAAUUUUGAUAAUGUCAACUUAUUGAUUUGAAAUAAAAGAAACUUUAGUUUGGAAUAUUUUCAGAAUAUAAUUCUUUUUCUGUAGAUAGAAAUAGUGGUAUCUAAAUUAGGAAUAUCAGACUAUGCAGUUUUAUUACUUUUGAAAUCCACUAGCUGUAAUAUACUCAUAAGUCACAGAUGUUAAUAUAUUGAUCUAGUCUUCAUUUUUUUUUAAUCAAUUCAAACACAAAUGUGGUGUGGCUCUUAUAAAAAUUUCUAAAAUAUUUGUCAACUUCUUUAACGUUUAGAAGACUGCACAUAUUUUUAAAUCAUUUUAUAGCAUAUAUAACAGUUAAUUAAGAUUAAAUAAUUGAAACAUAUUUUAGGCAAUUCCAAUCUCAAAAAAUCAAGUUAACAUACCUCCAAUUAUAAGUAAUUUAAUAUGUCAUCCCCUCCCUUUCUUUUCAAUUUUUCUGGAAACAAAUGCAGAAAAAUUAUGAUUUUAUUUUUCUAUACAUUUUUUUAACAGUACCGAGAUUUAAAGGAUACAUUAAAAUCUCAUUGUAAACAAUUUCACAAGAAUGUAACUUUUAUAUUAGGAACACUUGAAUUUACUGUUUAAGGACAUAAUCUAAUUCAUUUCUCUGUUUAUAUAUAUCAUAAUUAAAAAAAUAAGAAUAUAUUUAUAUUGUGUAGUAAUUUUUAAGACGAUUUUGAUGAAGAGAAUGGCCUAUUAGACUCUUCUAUUAUUCUCAAGCUUAAUUAGAAAUAUCUGUUUCUUAAAAGACAUUUAAUCCUUUGUAUUGAAUAUAAAUUAAAUUUGGUGUUUAAAGGUAAAUUGUUAAGAUUAGGGAUUGCAAUACCGGAUCAAAAUUUCAAUACCGGUAUUCGGUAUUUUUUAGAUCUUAAUACCGGGAUACCGGUUUUAAUACCGGUAUUAGAAAUUUUAGAAAAAGAAAGAAAAUAAGGUGUUUCUUUGUUUUAUUUGCCAGUUUUAUAAGAGAGUGUAAUAUCACAAAAAAUAAUAUGGAACUUAUAAAUUAUAACAGUAUAUAAAGAAUCACAAAAAAGUAAAGGAAUAACUUAUUUAUUUAAAUCAAAAAAAAAUUGUAAAUAUCAGUAUUCAGUCUGUGGUACUAAUACAAAUUUUUGAAAUGUGAUCUUAAAAACCAUAAUGCAUAUCAGUUGUACUGUCAUUAAAGCUGAAAAGUAAUUUUGUGUAAAAAUGACCAGCUGUCGAAAACGCUCUUACGGCAUCUACGUCUACGUUCUUCAGAUAGUGAUUUGUGCUGUUCUUUCAUGAUUGCAACAUGAAAUUUAUUGUUGCAUUAGCUGUUAAUAAAUUAAAAUCUCUCCGACAUAAUGCCUCUAUAGUCAGUUUUAUUGGAAGUAGAAGUGAUAUAGUUCUGGAUAUUAAGAUGAAUUCACUGUCUGAGAAAAUUAAUUUGCAGGUUUAAGUCGAUUAUUGCUUUUUGGAUUGGAUUUCUAAAUUUCAAAAACCGUUCCAUCAUUAGGAGUAAACUGUUCCAACGUGUCUUAGAAUAUAUUAUUAACAUAUAUUCUGUUUUAUUUUCAGUUAGUAUAUAUAUUUUUAAUAUGAAAUUUUUUGUAGGGGAAAGUUUAAAUAUCUUAACAAUUUUUCGAACUUUAUAAAUUAUAGGAAGCAAUUCUUGAUGGGUUAAUAUUUCAUCCUCAUUAGCAAUAUCUUCUUCCACAAUUACAUUGUCAUUAUCUUCAUUGUCAAUAUCACUCUCACUCUUACUCUCUUCAAUGUAUCGGAAUCCGAAGUUUCUAUAUCCACAAUAUUUGGAUUCUUCUGUUCUUUAUUUUUUUGGUAUAAUACAUCUAUUACUCCUAAUUGAAAUCCAUGAGCAUAGCACAAUUGCUGAUUUGCACCAAUCAACUUUCCAAAUUUUUUCAUAACUGUUGCUCCAUUAGUCGUUAUAGAUACAAUAUCUUCUUUCAGGGAUAAUCCAUGUUUCGCUAAUUUAGAUUUAAGCAAUUAAUUAAGCCAUUAAUUAGCUAAUUAAUUUCGCCAGUUGGGGAGACAUAAAAACAAAAACGUAUACUAUUUUGCUAUGUUGGCGAUCCCUGAACAUAUAGUGGAGACAAUUUUAAAAGUUUCUAGUAAAUACCGAAAAACCGGUAUUUAAACUUGUGAAUACCGGUAUUACGAAAUUGUAAAAUGGCUCAAAAUACCGGUAUUCGGUAUCCCGGUAUUGCAAUCCCUAGUUAAGAUAUACUAAUUAAUAAAAUGAAGCAAUUAUAGUAUCUCAGAAUUCAUUUGAUAUUUUUAUGCAUGUAAAGGAGAAAGAAAAAAAAAUUUCUAUCAACUAAGAAAGAGUUUAAAUGAAUAUUUGGAAUAUUUUAAGUAAGCCUUAAGGUUAUGGAGCAAAAAUAACAUCUGAUAAAAUUUCUUUGUAUUAUUCAGAUAUGAAGAAAUUCAAUACAAAGAAUUUUUCCAAUAGUUAAAGUAAUUAUUAAAAUUUUAAUUAGAUUAAAAAGUGUUUAUUAUCUUUGAAAAUGUGGCAUAAGUAUUAUAUAUAUUUUUAAUGCUCAAACUAGCUAAUUGAUGUGUACUACUAAAACAGCUUUCACUGAUGCAGUAAAGUAUUACUGUAUUCUUCUGUAUGUGCAAUGCAUAAUAUUUUAAGUUGAUUAAUAUGUAUGUAUAUAUCAUAUUAGAUUUUCAAAGAAAUCAUGUAUGUAUUAUAUACAUAUGCAAUCGGAUAUACUAAUAGCAACAAAUUUUUAAUUAGGGCAUUUUUUUUUCUCUUUAUGAUCACUUGAUUAGAUGUUAUAUUUUUAUCAUUUGUGAUUUUAUAUUUACAUUGUUUCUUCAGAAAUAAAGAUAUAUUUUUAACAACAAUAAGACCGUAAAAUCUUAUCAAAAACAAUUACGUAGUUGGCAUGUAAAACUAAUGCUAUAAAAUAUUUUUAUG